AUGCCGGAGGAAUACAUCAUGUCCUCGAAGGCGUCCGUCUACGUAUUGGGUGGUGAAAACACGGCGGCACUUUUCGAUUUGGACGGUGUAUAUGUUCUUGACGGAGGACUUUCCGAGAAAUCACCAGGAUUCAUUACCUGUGUUCGUGAGGUUACAGCAGUCAUUCUGUCGGCGCCAACACUUGGAAAUCUUGGAACAACGGCUGCUUUGUUGGAGAAGGACAAGACUCUCCCAAUUCUCACCAACACAAAGCCGCUCAAAAGUGCCAAGCCGGGAAGCAGUGCAGAAGUUGUGAAGGCAAUUCAAGAGGCUAAUUCAAAGUUAAUCUCCAACACAACACCUACUUUCGAUCCAAAAUACCCCGCCCAUAUUCUGUAUCAAUCAUUAUCGAAAGGGAUUCUCUCGUUAUACAUUUUGGCUGGAGAUGCCAAAGAUGCGGAAGCAAUCACGAAGGCAUUGGCAUCUGGAAAUGAGACAGAAGUGGAGAAAGCUGCUUCAGAACAUGGAACUAUUGGAGUGAUGUUGUGGAGACCAGCCGAAGGAGAUAAGCCGGUUGUAAGAGUCCUCAUUUCUGGAACCGCAUCACUCGCCCGGAUUCAACAAUCCCUUGAAAAAGCUGCAAAGGCUCUUCCAUUCUUGAAUGCCGCAACUGUCAAAUCUAAAGACGCGUUGGCUUCAAUCCCACCUCCAUCGAUUCCAAGAGCUCUUGCCCCAUCAAAACCUGCUGCAGGAGCCAAGCCAGCAGCCACUAAAUCAGCCACCACAAGACCGACAACAUCAGGUCCUUCUGCUGCUGCGCGACCAGCUUCUUCUGCUCCUAGAGCAUUGACUUCUCGUGCUCCAGCUCCGAUCUCUGGUGCUGCCCGUCCGGUUUCAGCUAAACCUGCGGCUCCAGGAGCGAGUUCAAGAACAGGAGCUCCAGCCAAAGCUCCAGCUCCAUCAAAACCAGCCGCCAGAGCAGCUCCAUCUCACAAAACUCCAGCGGCCACAAAAGCCUCUGCUCCAGCUAAAGCUCCAGUAAAGCCCUCCGCACCAGGACGAGGAGCCCUAGAACCAGCAGCACAGAAAAAGACUGUUGGGAAAGUACAAGGAGCGGCACCAUCAAAGAAGACAGAGACUGCAGCUCCAGCUAAGGAGUCACCAGCUCCAGCUGCAACGAUUCCAGCAGCUGCCAUAACUGCUCGUGUUCCUGAACCAUCAGAAACAGCCGCAAACACAACUAUCGUUCUCGAUGAUUCUCUACUAGAUGAUGAUCAUCACUCUGGAUUGAAUCCAAUGGAUAUUGUUGUGAUUCCACCAACACCAGAGCCACCAAGAGAUCCACGUGAUGAUGACUUUGUUGAGGCCGAACCAAAGAAGGAUGAGCCAAAAGAAGAGCCAAAGGAUGAACCUGUUGCGGCAGUAGAGCCACCCAAAGAAAUCGAUGAUGUCGCUAAUCUUGCUGACGUGGAAGAUGAGAUUCCCCAGCCAGUGGAUUCUUUCAAGAAGCCUGAGCCAACGCCGUCGGUUCCCGAGCAACCGAAAGAAGCUGCAGAGAUUCCAAAACCUGAUGACGUUGAAGAUAAGGUUCCAGAACCAAUUGAUGCUUUCAAGAAACCGGAGCCAACACCUGAAGACGUGCAUCCAGGAGCAUAUCCGAAACUAGAUGAUGUUCUUGCUGAUUUCGAUCCACUGACACCAUCUCAUCCGGAGCCAUCCGCUCCAGAUGUUCCAUCUGAUCACGUCAUAAUUGCUACUCCGGAUCCAAAUCUUCCGGAUAUUGCAGCAGCGAUUCCAUUCAUUCCACCAACACCAUUGGGACCAAAUGAUGGACUCAUUCAGUUGGAAGACGAUUCGAUUAAUGUGGCACCUGGAUUCGAGGAGCCUCUUAUUCCACAAGCUCCACGUGAAGACGGAACCCUUGCUGAUUGCAGUGAGGAGCUGUCCAAAUUGGUCGAAAUUUCAAUGGAUACUGACAAGUCAACAGAAGCUGGAGCAGAGCUUGCUAAGGCCAUUGGUGACGUCACUCAACUCUCGGCGGAACUUCAACAAUUGGGUCUCGAUGAGAAAACUGAUGAAUAUGUUCGAAAAUUGAGUAAUCAAAUGAUUGAAGAUGCCACAUUGCCAUUCACAAGUGCACUCGCAAGCAGCAUUGUAUCAUCCAAUGGAUCUACCGAUCAGGAACCGAAUGGACACGUGUCAUCACCACCAGCCAAUGGAGUUCACAAGGAGAUUCCCAAGCAUGAUUUGAUGCAAUCAAGAUCCAGUGUGAUUGAGAAUGGAGCUCCAGUGGAAUAUGAGAAGACUGAUCCAGCUCUUGAUGAUAUUCUGAAUGCAUGUGCUCAGGAAUCUGACAAGUUGGAUGCGUCUCAUCCAGCAGCUCCUGCCACCACCCACACUCCGGAGACUCUUCACAUGCCAGCUGCUCCUGGUACUGCUAUGGCUCCAAAACCUGUCAAGUUCACACGUCCGUACUAUUUCGAUUUGGUCACUGCUCCAAGAAACGAGAAAUUGGAAACUACUGCAACUUCUGAUGGUCUUCAAGAAUUCAUCUCAAAAAUUAGAUCCAGAAAUGUGAUUCUGGCAUCUAAGGAUAUUUCUGGAGAACAACUUCAAGGAGUGCUUACUGGAAAACAAAUGUGGUGUGAGAGUGGUCAUCAAUGCAUCGUCAUUCCGACUCAUUCCUCACCAGUGUUGCUAGACUUCCGACAGAAAAACGAGGAACAAUUCCACGCCGCUCACCUCACAUUCACUGUUCCAGUUGAGAAACAACGGACUACUGUCAGUUCAGAUAUCGGAUCCACUGAAUACGAAUUGGCGAAGAUCUCAUUGGAAUGA